AUGGCUAGCCCAUGCGUCUCCGAGUCUGCUUCAGCUGUCCUGGACAAUCUGACGCUGUCAGGACUGUUGCUGUUGCUGAUAGCGAGCAGCGUUGCGUUCAAGACGAAGAAGCUCCUGGCCCUGGCGGCACUGAGCCACGCGGGUAUAGGUGGCCUCGGAGGGCUCGGCCUCCUAGGACUGGCCGGUCUCCAUCACCACCACGGUCACUAUGGUGGCCACGGAGGUUACUAUGGUCACGGCUACGGCCACGGCUAUGGCCAUGGCUAUGGUCAAGGUUACGGCUAUGGCUAUGGAUGGCCUUCUUACGGAUACGGUUACGGUUACGGGUGGCCCGGUUAUGGAGGCUAUGGCGGUUACGGAUGGUGGUGA